CGAGUCACGUUCACAAAAAAAAAAGAGUUCUAAAACGACAAAAAAGUUCAAUAAGAAUUGUAAACAAAAAGGAUCCGGAAAAUAAAGUUGAUAGAGAAUGAACAUGGGGGAUGAUCAACGACCAUGGGCUGAUAUAUGUUCAGAGCUAUUGGAUUCCAUCUACAGGAGACUCCCAUCCCACGUCGAUGGUACUCAUUUUGGCGGUGUAUGCCAAAACUGGCACCAAGUCCACACUCAAGUUGCCCUUUCCAGCCCCCGGCCUGUGUUGAUCGACCAUGCAAAAUUGUCCAGCUCGGACGUCAUCCAAGUGCGGGAGGGUAAGCGGCUUGUCCUCAAGCGACGUCGUAAAUCUCAAAUCCCAUAUCAGCUUGCAGAUGUAGACAUAAGGAUCCUUGGGAUGGCUGGAGCGUGGUUGCUUAUAAUAGUGCGUGACGCUUUCUUAAGCUGUUACAAUCCUCUACUCAAGAGUCCCGCAAACUACAUCAGCCUUCCAAAUCCAAGUUGGCGUUUUUCUAACUACGACAACCAUUAUAGACCGGGCACAGAACUCAAAUUUGCUUUCUCAUCACUACCCACUGCUCUCAACUCGACGAUCCUCGUGGUGUUUGGAGACUGCUAUUUCACCAUGUUUCGUCGUGGAAGAAAUGAUGAAUUUGAGCAAAAAACGUAUGAUUUCUCCUUGGGUGGGAAGAAAGGACAAACAUGCAUUGGCGUGGGCUAUGAAGAUGAUAGAUUCUUUUGUUUAUUUGAAAUGGGGGAUAUGUUGAUUUUCGGUAUCGACAAGAAUGAUACAAGAAUGUUGUUGGCGGCAACUAAGUCUCUGCUUCCCGACCAACUCCCGCGAUGGGACAGUCUGCUUGUUGUGGCGGUGGUGGUAACAAAAAAAAUUGCGACUUCAAAUGAUCGAUACCAUGAGGCAGGAGAUCAGGUGAUAGGGUUUAGGAUGGUCACUCAUUGGCAGCGAGAUCGUGAGGGGAGCUUCCAGCUAGUGACAGUGAAGAAAAAUGAUCUGACGACAAACGAUCUAUUAUUGAAGAAUAACAAUGGUAAUGACAAAGAGGGAAAUAGCAGAUCAACAAAAGUGAUUUUAGUGAAAGAUCGGUUGCCAUUGAAGAGAACUUUCGACAUAUAUUAUAAUACCAUACUGCUUUUUCUUCCUUUCAUACUUGUCUAUUCUUUUCUUGCUUUGAUAAUUAUAAGGUGUGGUUCUGACCGGUAAAAUUCGAACCGAUUUGUUUUCUAAUUGUUGCAUGCUUUGCUUGAAUUGGUCCUUUGUUUCGCAAGUGGAUUCUUCGAACAUAGAGAAAUAUAAUGAAGGGGUACAUAAUGCUUGUUAUUAUUACUAGCUUGGAUCUGGCCAACUGUCCGGAAAUUUUUAAGUUUUUUAUUUUGUAAAUUACCUAAAAUAUAGAUUUUAUUAGGGAUUCUUAUUUUUAAUUUUUUUAUCAAAUAAAAUUCGUCGUUAUUUAUCAUCGCUCCUUAUUUCUGUAACUAAUUCAUAGCCUACAUGACUCACGCUCAUGUGCAUAACUCAACCUCAUAUUGUUUUUAAUUAUAUUAGUCAUAGAAAAAUACCUCAAACUCUACUCCCUAAAUAAUGAUAACAAAACAAUAUAUCUAACAUCCAAAAAUCUAUAAGCCGCAAAAUGAAAUAUGAUUCAAAUGCAGUUAUUUUCAUGAAAUCAUUUGGAAUGAGUAUAGAUCAAUGAAGAUUAAAAUUGCUAACUUUUUUUCCAAGAAAAGAAAUUUAUCCAAAAAUGAAAAGGAUUUUAUUUUAAAACAUAAAGGAAAAGGAAGUGAAAAUAAAGAUAAAAGGUGGUUGGUGAACCGAGAAUGUGUAAUAAUUGCUAGGUAUUCUUUUUUAUUAGGGCUAGUUGCUAAGUUAAAAGCUGAAUAAGGGGGGGGAAACGAAUAGACAAAAAAAGAAAGGGAAAAAGUAGUUACACGCUCUCGAAUCUCUAUAAUAAACAUAUUUGUACAGAAACGCAGUAGUUUUAAAGUAAAAAAAAUUCCUAGUUGUCAUGAGUUGUUUGAUAUUCCGUUAAGAUUUGGAGAAGAGAAUUCCCAUAAAAAAAGAUUUGGUGAAGAGAGAAGGCGAAAACAUCGAAAAGAGUUUGCGUGGUUGUGCCUGUGGGUAAUAGUUGGGCUGACAGGGCUGGCCCAAAACCCAUGUGGAUUCUGAAUCAGUAGCAGCAGUUUCGGCCUUUGAUGUUGGCCGAGUACAAAGUCUUUCAACGGGCUAGGAGCAACUUAUUAGCAAAUACAUUGAGCGGGAAAAACGGGAAUUAAGGAAGUGAGAUAGACUUUUGAAUACUGAAAAUACCCUUCCUCAAUUUAAAGGAGGGCAUGCCAUUUUGAAUACUGAAAAUUAUGUAAAACUUCAAUAUUAAUUAUUCUUUUGAUUUGAUUCUUUUGAUUUUGAUUUUGUUAUUAUUAUUUUUGGCCGAAUAAAAUUCCAACAUAGAGUAGAUUUUGUCUAUUUUCAUCAUUUCAAAAAAUUUCCUUCUUUUUGAAAUUUUUAUGGGUGUGAUAGUAAUUGUCCAACCUAGUUACAUGCCCGAUGUUGGUGAUGGAGGAGAUAGAGUGCUACACUGUAUCGAACUUUUUAUUUACUCAUGGGAUCCGUCCGAUGUUGGUGAUGGAGCAUAUGGAGUGCUAGCACACUACUAACACAUUUCAUUAAGGGAUCGUUUGAUCCGGGUGAUAAUUUUGUUGAUAUUGUUAGUUUGUUACAAAAUUUAUAUUGUUCACGAUCAUUAUUUUUUUUAAAUUUUCUACACAAACAUUACAAGCAUUAUUUGCUUGAUGUGAAAGAAACCAUAACUUAAAAUAAGUGAUAGUUUAAUGU